ACAGUGACCGCUUCCUGUCUCGGAAACCCGGCACUGCCCCUUACCCGAAAAUAGGGCGGCCCUGUUUGAUUCGUUUAUUCCUGGGGUUGUCGUAUCAUGGCUGAUGAUGCAGACAGAAACCAGACUGAGAAACUCCUAAGAAGAGUACAAGAACUGGAGCAUGAGGUGCAAAGACUUAAAAAGGAACAGGCCAAAAGUAAGGAGGACUCAAACAUUAGAGAAAAUUCAGGAGCUGGAAAAACUAAGCGUGCAUUUGAUUUCAGUGCUCAUGGCCGAAGACAUGUAGCCCUAAGAAUAGCCUAUAUGGGCUGGGGAUACCAGGGCUUUGCUAGUCAGGAAAAUACAAAUAAUACCAUUGAGGAGAAACUGUUUGAGGCUCUAACCAAGACUCGACUAGUAGAAAGCAGACAGACAUCCAACUAUCACCGAUGCGGGAGAACAGACAAAGGAGUUAGUGCCUUUGGACAGGUGAUUUCACUUGACCUUCGCUCUCAGUUUCCAAGGGGCAGGGAUUCUGAGGACUUUAAUAUAAAUGAGGAAGCUGCUGAAGAGAUCCGUUAUACCCACAUUCUCAAUCGGGUGCUCCCUCCAGACAUCCGUAUAUUGGCCUGGGCCCCUGUAGAACCGAGCUUCAGUGCUAGGUUCAGCUGUCUUGAGCGGACUUACCGCUAUUUUUUCCCUCGUGCUGAUUUAGAUAUUGUAACCAUGGAUUAUGCAGCUCAGAAGUAUGUUGGUACCCAUGAUUUCAGGAACUUGUGUAAAAUGGAUGUAGCCAAUGGUGUGAUUAAUUUUCAAAGGACUAUUCUAUCUGCUCAAGUACAGCUAGUGGGCCAGAGCCCAGGUGAGGAGAGAUGGCAAGUACCUUUUCAGUUAUGUCAAUUUGAAGUGACUGGCCAGGCAUUCCUUUAUCAUCAAGUCCGAUGUAUGAUGGCUAUCCUCCUUCUGAUUGGCCAAGGAAUGGAGAAGCCAGAGAUUAUUGAUGAACUGCUGAAUAUAGAGAAAAAUCCUCAGAAGCCUCAAUAUAGUAUGGCUGUAGAAUUUCCUCUAGUCUUAUAUGACUGUAAGUUUGAAAAUGUCAAGUGGAUUUAUGACCAGGAGGCUCAGGAGUUCAAUAUUACCCAUCUACAACAACUAUGGGCUAAUCAUGCUGUCAAAACUCACAUGUUGUAUAGUAUGCUACAAGGACUGGACUCUGUUGCAAUACCCUGUGGAAGAGAACCAAAGAUGGAUGGAAUGACAGAAUGGAGAAAUGUUAAGCCCUCUGUCAUAAAGCAGACCAGUGCUUUUGUAGAAGGAGUGAAGAUGCGCACAUAUAAGCCCCUCAUGGACCGUCCUAAAUGCCAAGGAUUGGAAUCCCGGAUCCAGCAUUUUGUACGUAGGGGACGGAUUGAGCACCCACUUUUAUUCCAUGAGGAAGAAACAAAAGCCAAAAGGGACUGUAAUGACACACUAGAGGAAGAGAAUACUAAUUUGGAGACACCAACAAAGAGGAUCUGUGUGGACCCAGAAAGUAAAAGCAUCAUUUAACCACAGACAAUUUGCCAGGAUCUAGGAACCACCUAAUGGUAGGUGGACAGAAAAGGAAAAAAAAAUUUACUUGCAAGUACUAGGAAUUCAGAUUAUCAGCUCUUAAAAAAAAAUGCAGAAAGACUAAAGCCCUAUUAAGGAAGUUACUGCUUUAAUAAGAAAAUUCAAAUAUUCUUUUAUCCCUGUCCAAAAGGAUUUAGAGAUUAAAGAAGCAAAAAGCAGUUGUAAAUGGAGAUGUGUUUAUGUACACCUGGAAACCUAUGCCUUGUAUUCAAAUUCAUUAAAGCCUAAUCCUGCAAGUAUCUAAUUAGUUGUGUUUUUUCCCCCCAAAGCAGAUGAGAUUCACUACUCAUCUGAGUUUUCAUAAAGUGUUUCUCCUGAGUAUCUUAUUUUCUAAGAUAGAAUUUAAGAAUAUUCAGUUAAUUAAAGAUUGGAUAAAUUGGUCUAAUGCCAGGCAUGAAGUUACCUACCUGGAAGUUAACAAACUGAAUAAAGCAUAGUACCUUAUCUUACAAAGCACAUACAUCUAGUGCAGAGGUUGGUAAAUGUUUUCUGUGAAGGAUUAAAGAGUAAAUGUUUUAGGCUCUGUGAGCCACAAAUGGCCUCUAUUGGGUACAUAUUUUUACAAUCCUUUACAAAUGUAAAAAGCACUCUUAGUUCAUGGAUCCUCAUGUUUGCCAAGGCCUGGGCUAGUGGUUAUAGGCAAAUUCUUAUAGAGGAGAUAUUAAAGCUAAACCUUGCAGAACAAGUGAGAGCCAGUUAAAGUAAAGAACCACUUUAAGGAUGUCUAAGGCAGAAGACACAGUUUGUGUAAAGGAUUAUAGAGGACGGCAUAUGCAUUCAGGCAACUGUGAAUCCCUUGGUAUGACUUGAGAGUGACAAGAACAUAAUUUAAAAAGGUAAGCAAAAGUCACAUUUGAAGAGCAAUGGCAUUCUUUAAGAAGCUUAGAUUUUAUUUUGCAGGGCCACUGAAAAAAUUUACAUGCCCUAUAGAAUUGCGUGGCAAAAACACUGCUCUAGGCAUUCUAUGGAUGGGAAGAGGGCAAGAUUGGAGGCAUUGUGACCAACUGGGAGGCAACAGAUGAUGACAGUGGCCUAGAAGAUAUUCAUAGGCAAAUGGAGAGAAGUAGAUGAACUUAAGAAACAACAGGAUUCAGUGAAUAGAUAUGCUGUACAAAAGUAGGGAGGCUUUCUAGAUAACUCCUUUUUCAGAUGUGAGAAACAUGAGUGGCUGGUAGUACCACACACUGAGAUAGGAAAAUGAGAUGGGGCUUUGCUUGUUCUCAAAUCAAAGUUAAUAAGUAACCCUCAAAAUAUUACUUGUGAACACUGGUAUUUAUUCAAAAGAACUCAAAGUCGUCUUAAAUACAUUAUCCUUUGUAACCAUAAAAAUAAUAAACAACAAAGUUUGAACUCA